GUCCGACUCUUUUGUGUGACGCGCAGGGUGAAAAGCUGGUACCGCGAGUGAUGUUUACACAUAGUGCGAGGCAUUAUAAUAUUUUCUCAAUGUCUCCACGCAUGUGCGCUAACAAGGAGGAAAUUCUACGGUGCCUCAUAGAUUUUCAUGUGCGAUCGUUGGAUUAUUUUCGGCAGUUUCAUUCGGGCAAUCAUAGCGUAUGUUUCCACGCACGAGUCUCAUUUUUUUUUCUAAUAUUUUAUCUUCUCAAUCGUUAAUCCAACAAAAAGUGGAAAAAUAGUGUUGAUUGAAUGUCUGUGGUGAAUGUGAUAAAAAAAUGAUUCACGUGGACGAAAGUGAUCCAAUUGGAGAAUUGGAGCCGAGUUUUCCCCGGAGGACUAUUGAAAUUCACAAGGACAUCACACCCAAUGAUCUCUAUGAGAUCUCAGCUGAAGAACUAGGACGUGGCAAGUACGGGACGGUGUUCUUGUGCCGUGAACGCACGACGGGCCUUGAACUUGCCGCCAAAUUUGUACCCUGCCCCAAGCGCGAAGAUCGUCGGAAUAUGGAGCGUGAGAUCGACAUAAUGCGAACACUUCAGCAUCCGCGUCUCAUUCAGAUCUACGACGCAUUCGAUGAUGGCAAAACGAUAAGCAUUAUUUUGGAAUUGAUUCUAGGAGGGGAGCUCUUUGAACGUGUCAUAGGAGAUGAUUUUGAACUAACCGAGAGAGCAUGUACGGUAUUUAUGAGGCAAAUUUGCGACGCAGUGGAUUUUAUUCAUAGCAACAAUAUAAUUCAUCUGGAUCUCAAGCCUGAAAAUGUUCUUUGCCUCACUAAAACCGGAAAUCGGAUAAAGAUUAUCGAUUUUGGACUAGCUAGGCACUACGACCCUAAUAAAAAGCUUCAGGUUCUCUUUGGAACACCGGAAUUUGCUGCCCCGGAAGUUGUUAAUUUUGAGCAGAUUGGCUUCUACACCGAUAUGUGGAGCGUAGGUGUUAUAUGCUAUGUUCUACUAUCUGGGCUUUCGCCUUUCAUGGGAGAUAAUGAUGUGGAAACAAUGACGAAUGUAACCAUUGGGGAUUAUGAUUUCAACGAUGCCACAUUCGAUGCUGUGUCCGAUGAGGCAAAGGAUUUCAUUGAUAAACUCCUAGUAAAGUCGAGUAGUGAUCGUUUGACUGCAAAGGGCGCCCUUCAGCAUCCGUGGUUGCAACAGUCCGCACAAAAUAUCAAAUUACCCGCCACAAAGACAAAACUCAAGCGAUAUGUGAUCAAGAAGCGCUGGAUUAAGGCUGUCUACACGAUAAUUGCCCUCCAGAGAAUGGGUGCAAAGAUCGAUCUUGAUCUUCUAUGAUCUUCUUCAUUACAAAAAACAACACAUAAUUUCUCUUUUAUGCCGUGUUCAUAUUACUACAUCUAAGUCACUAUUUAUUCACUAUAUUUAUGUAUAGAAAGUACUUAAAAUAAAAAAUAAGUAAUGCAAAACUUGUAAAAAAAAAUAGAAAUCAAAAUUA